UCAUUGUCGAAUUGUUCAGCGUACGACUUAUCUCAGCGAAGAUCGACCAUGCCACCUAAGGCUAGCGGCAAAGCUGUAAAGAAGGCUGGGAAGGCUCAGAAGAAUAUCAGCAAAACCGAUAAAAAGAAGAAAAGGAAGAGGAAGGAGAGCUAUGCUAUCUACAUCUACAAAGUACUGAAGCAGGUCCAUCCUGACACCGGUAUCUCCAGCAAAGCCAUGAGCAUCAUGAACAGUUUUGUUAACGAUGUCUUCGAGCGCAUUGCUGCCGAGGCAUCGCGAUUGGCUCAUUACAACAAGCGCUCUACCAUCACCUCUCGGGAGAUCCAGACCGCCGUGAGGCUCCUGCUACCUGGUGAAUUGGCGAAGCACGCUGUCAGUGAAGGGACAAAGGCUGUUACCAAGUAUACUAGCUCAAAGUGAACGAGCACUGACCAAACGGCCCUUUUCAGGGCCACCAAUAAUAUAAUGUUGAUAUCCUUUCGAAUCGUGCUAGAUAACUUGAAGUGGACUUAUUGUCAAACGA